AUGACAGCCAGCCUUCCGCCAAAGAGAGACCCUAAUACGCCAGGAUACGCGCCAAUACCUGAUUACGUCCAAUUACACGCAGCCGGCUCUGUUUUUAGCCUUGGGAGUUCGCUAUUCUCCCUCUCCUUUGCCCCUUCACCAACAACCGCCUACCGCCUACCAACCAACUACCGAAUCCCUCUUCUGUCUCCUCGAUCAACCACCGCUGCCCAUCAUCACUUCUUGUCUCUCUGA